CUAACCGGUUCGCAGUGUCAUCACGUGCGGUGGAGCUUUCUUUUAUCAAGCUUUGGGGGCAAAAAGCUUGUUGGCCGCCACCGAAAAGCUCAAUUAUUCAAGUUUUUGGGGCGAAAAGUUUACCUCCAAUAUAAUUCAAUGAGAUACAUUGAACCCCCGAGUUGAAGACAAUUUGAUAAACUCUAAAGCUAACGCAAUUAAAAUUUGAUACCAAGCUCUUGGUGGCGUAAAAAUGUAGAAAUGCUCCGGGCACUGCACUUGUCUUCUCAAGACGGGCCACACGUCGUAUACUUGAUGGCAUGCAGCAUAUGCUUACAUACAUACAUGUAUGCCAACGGCAAAGCCAACAUCGAGAAUUUAAUUAACUUGAAAGGAUUCACUCCGUCACAAAUCACUGAAAUCAAGGUAAAGCCUUAAUUACAUGGGUCUUUAAUACGUGUGCUGACAUCUGAUUGAUUGCGAUAUAAAGUAUUUAUGGUGGUGUCAAGGGGCAUUAAGUAAACAGUUGAAAAUGGAGCGGUCGGUGUCAACUAGGUCGAAAAGGCAGGGAUCCUCUGUGUUCCUGCUCAAGAGUUUUGGCAGGAGUCUGCGGCAAUUCCUUACCCAGACUAGUCUGCACGGCCUUAAAUUUGUGGGUGAUUCCAAUCUCAACAGUUGGGAGAGAUCAUUCUUCUUUGGCUCCUUUGUAACCGCUCUUACAAUCACAGUCCAUCUUAUAUCAAAUAUCUAUGUCAAGUGGAACAGCACUCCGGUUAUAAUUGGCAUCAGCCCACAAGCCACCUCCAUUUUAAAAGUACCCUUUCCCGCCGUGACCAUUUGCAAUAUGAACCAAGUGCAAAGGAGUCUGGUGGCCAAUUAUAGAGAGGGCUCCAACGAGAGCACUCUUUUAAAGCUAUUGUGCGAAUCGGAUAGCUGGCAAUCCAAUGAGUUUAAUGAAGAGCUUGAUGGUUUAACUUUCGCGGGGAACAACUUGAGGAUAUCCGAUUUUGUCUCAAAUCAUUCGCAGUCCUGCGAGAGAAUGUUGCUCUUCUGUAGAUUCAGUGCCAUUGAGCGAAACUGUUCGCAUUUGUUUCAACAGAUCCUGACAGAUGAGGGCCUGUGCUGCGCCUUUAACUUUCAGCCGCCUGAAUUUCUCUACAAGCCAUUUGCCAAUAACCCUCGGAACUUGACGAACCCAGAUGGGUUUGAAAAUGUUCAGUGGGAUCCGGAGGCAGGUUAUCCUGAGAAAUUGCCCCCUAAGUUUUAUCCAGCUGCAUCGAGUGGAACUGGUAUCACUUUGGGAUUUACAGCUGUACUAGAUGCUGAAAUGAGUGAAUAUUACUGCUCCUCCACUAAUGGACCAGGUUUUAAGGUAUAUUUUCACAAUCCCGUUGAGGUGCCUAUGGUGAAGGAGGCCGGUUUGAUUACAGCCCUUGGCUAUGAGACCAAUUACCGUAUCGAAAUGGUGCGAGCCGAGGCUGUUCCGGCCAUUCGUUCGAUAUCCCGCGAUGGUAGGCAGUGUCUGUUCAAUGACGAGAAGGAGCUGAUCUUCUAUAGGUUGUAUACGAGGCUCAACUGCGAGAACGAGUGUCUUGCCGCCUACCUAUACGAAACUUGCUCCUGCAUCCCAUUCGACUAUCCGCAGAUCUAUAGCAACGCCAGUACCUGUAGCAUGCUGGACACCUUCUGUGUGAGGAGGGCCCAAAGAGCGGAGAAUCGUCCCAGUUGGGUGCAGUGCCGAAAACAGUGCCUGCCCAGCUGCUUCGAUCUCAACUAUUUGGCCAGUGGCUUCGCCUUCCCGCUUGCCUCCGAAAACUUUCAGCUGGCUAACGCAAUGGUGGAGCGCAUAAACAAGUCCUAUCUGAGUGAGAACAUAGCCGUGAUAAAUGUCUAUUUUCGGGAGUCCGUCUAUUACGGAAAUACCAAGAAUGCCUACGUGGGACUGACCGAGUUUCUAUCCAAUGUCGGUGGUGUAAUGGGCCUGUUUAUGGGUUUCAGCGUCAUCUCUCUGGCGGAGAUCCUAUACUUCCUAAUCCUAAAACCCCUUGCGGAGCUUUUCGUUUGGAAGAGGUCCUCCCAUGUUGAUUUGGAUAAAAGCCUCAAACAUAACGCCUUCGCUAUAGAACAACCAAAUACUUCAAAUAACCCCAUCCUAUGGCAUACAAGGGAACUAUAUCCCAAAGGAAUAUCAUUAGAAGCAUUCGAAAGGGGUAGAAAAAUGAAAGUAAGCAAAUUAAUAAAUAAUUCCUUGAAACAUUAAACUUCACAGAAAAGAAUUUAUUUAUAUGUAAUCACAAAGUACGAAUACACGUGUUUUCUGCCAUGUCAUGCAUAUCACUGCGUGACCAGUAAUAAAAUACAAGGGGUAAACAAUAUGACUGUAGGUUUUUCACAAAAAAAUAAAGGAAUAAUUGAUUUGAAACAUGAACUGA